CAAAAGCUCGCCAGAUAGUAAGAGAGGCUUGGGAUUGAUGAUCUAGAGGAGAGCCGCGUGUGGAGGAAUUCGGGGUGUCUUUCCAGUCUGCAGCUCCUCCGUCACCGGUGCUUGUGUGACUGCAGCCACGGAAGCCACAACACGGCAUACUUCAUCCUUGAAUGGCCAUCUUCUAGUCUCUGAUAGCCUUCCGAAGACUUCCACUGGAUGUAUCGAGCGUAGCGCUGCUCCCCUAUGGGGACACAGCAUUACCAGCACGACAUAUAGAGCACCGAGGCCUGGAUUCCGAGCAGGGUCAGGCCUAUGAUAGCUCGGAGGCGCAGCUGCCUCUCAGCUGCAUGGAUUCUGCUGCUCUGCCUGGCAGCAUCAGCUGCAAACCUACAGGCAGGAACUGGUGAGGCCGCAGCGUGGGGAGCCGCGGAUGGGGGCAGCCACGCCAGGAGUUUGAAACAGAACAGGCCCCCCUGCGUUGGGCCAGCUUGCGGACCCCCCGGUGCAGCGGUGGGCCCGGGUGUGGCCCAGCCGGCCGCCAAUACCGGCCCGGCCGGGCAGGCGGCAGCCGUGGCUGCGGCAACAGGGCCGCCUGCAACCACCGCAGCGCCUUCCGCACCCGCAGCGGCGGGUGCUGGUACAGCAGCCGCCGGCGCUGCCGCGGCGACAAUUGUGCCGGUUCCUGAGCUCAACUCCACAGAUGUGGCGGCGCUGAAGCUGCUGGCGCAGUCCUUCGCCAACUUCAAGGGGAUCGGCCUCAAGGGCUGGGACUUCUCGACCAGCCCCUGCCAGGGCUGGUCCGGCGUCACCUGCAACAAGGACGGCCGCGUAAUCAAAUUGGACCUCGGAGGCUGGAACAUUGCCGGCCGUUUGGCGCCAGAGUUGUCUGGCCUCGACCAGCUGCAGACCCUGAAUAUGAGCGGAAACAACCUGACAGGCGGGUUGUCCUCCUUGUGGGGCGGUCCUGGGGUGUUCCCCAACCUAGUGUCCAUGGACCUGUCUGGCAACUACCUGCUGGGAGGCAUCCUGCUCACCCAGUGGGGCACCCCUGGAUCCUUCCCCAAGCUAGAGACACUGCGGCUGACGAACACUGGGCUGAUGGGCCAGCUGCCGGUGCUGUGGGGGGUCAAUGGAAGCUUCCCCAGCUUGUCCACCCUGGACGCCUCCAGAAACAUCAUUUCAGGGCCGCUGCCUGCGUCGUGGGCCUCGCUGGGUGCGCUCCCUUCACUGAGCAGCCUGGUGCUCUCGGCCAACAACUUGUCGGGCAGCCUGCCGCCCGAGUGGGGCGCCAAUGGCACCUCCCUCACAAGGCUACGCAAGCUUGAUCUGCGCCAGAACGGCCUCUCCGGCUACCUGCCAGACCUGUGGGGCGCCGGCUUUAAGAGCAUGGAGGUGCUGUCGCUGCAAGAGAAUGACUUCAUGGGCGAGCUGCCGAUGAGCUGGGCCGCCCCGGGGCGAUUCCCAGCGCUUGGCUACUUGGACGUGUGGAAGAAUUCGCUCUCCGGCGCGGUUCCCGCCACCUGGGGCAACUGGAACGCCUUCCCUGCCCUCAAACAACUGAGCAUCAAGCCGGGCAACAGUGAUCUGUGCGGGUGGGUGCCUGACCGGCUGGCAAACACAACCGGUCUCAAGAGCGGCUAUCUGGGCAACUGCUCUUUGCUCUCGCCGCCGCGGCCGCGCAUCCUGCCUGCCCCCCUUGCCCCUGCGCCAGCACCAUUAGUGUCUGCCUUCUCCAUCUUCCCUCAGGGCCCUGUUCUGGCGCCGGUGGCCGCCCCCGCAGCAGCACUGCCGAUCACCCCGGUCAUGCUGGCGCCGGCAGCCGCGCCGCUCGCCGCGCCGAUCCUGCCGGUGGCGACGGCGCCGGCCGCCAGCUCCGUAGUUGCGCGCUUCGCAAACCUUACGGCCCCAGGGAACGCCACCGAAGCCGCGCCGAUUCUGCCAGCCGCAGCUCCGGCGGCAGUGUUGGCGCCUGUGGUGCCGGCGGCAAAUGCGACCGUGAAAACGGUGGUCGCGCCGAUUUCCGCGCCGGUGGCCGCUCCCAUGGGGCCUCAGGCGCCGGCAGUCGCCCCCGUGGCCGCGCCCGUUACGGUCCCGGCACCCAUAGUCGCGCCCGUUCCGGUUCCAGCGCCCAUAGUCGCGCCCAUUACGGUCGCGGCGCCCGUGCCCGCGCCUGUAGUCGCGCCCGUCAAGGCGCCGGCCCCCGCGCCUGCCGCGGCCGUAGCCGUGCCUCUUGUCACGCCGCCGCCGACCCCAAAGAGCGCGGGCUCGGCGGCAAUGGCAGAGCCGGAUGCGCAGGCGGCCGCGGCGCCCCCGUCGCCGCGGGCGCAGCCGAAGCGCACUCCGGCAGCCGCCUCCGACGCGCCGGCUGACACUGCUGCCGCGCCGUCCCCGCCUGACGGCACUGUUUCCAGCUUCAUCCCUCCCUCUAAUGACCCCAACACUGCGUCCUACAACCUGACGGGAGUGGGCCUGGCGCCCGUAAACGCGACCACCCGCAAGCGCAUCCAGACCGCGCUCCGCAAAACGCUCGGCAACGGCGUCAACGCGACUCUGCUAGAGGUCGGCUCUGCGGGCUCACCGCCCGCUGACUCAUCCUCCUCCGCCGACUCAUCAUCCACGGAUGCCACAUCAGUGGACGCGGCGCCUGCCGCUUCACCGGACGCCAACAUUGCUGGUGCCGGGAGGCGGCUGCUGCGCGUCGGGUCUGCCAUUGCAGGCGUUGGCAACACAGCGGACACGUCAGGCGACAGCUCAGCAGGGGAUGCCCCGGCAGCGCCCAAAAAGAAGAUUACCGUGGCGGCGCGUUUUGUGCUCACAACGACCCCGGACCAGAUGGCUGUGGUUGCGCAGAACGUGGCUGCUGACACCACAGUCACAAAGUUUGAGCAGCAGCUCAAGACCGCAGGGCUGCCCAACACGCGGUCUGUGUUUACGGACGUGUCACAGAUCGGCGUAGAUGGCACGCUGACCCCGGUGCCGGAGGGUGACUCAUCGGCGCCUGUCGCCACACCGGCAACUGCAUCGUCGUCAUCUCCCUCUGCAACCCCAUCAACUCCCCUUGCAACACCCUCGCCGACCCCUGCAGGUGGUGCAGUGUCUGGCUUCCUGACGGGGUCACCCACGUAUUCAACGGCGUCUGCAUCGGCUGACAGCGGCUCUGGCGGCUCUUCAAAGCCAAAUUCUGGCGCCAUUGCAGGGGGUGUCAUAGGCGCUCUGCUGGCCGUCACUCUUGCAGGGUUUGGGGCAUGGUAUUACAUGAAGCGGAAGCAUUCGAGGGAUGAUCUGGCGGGGAGCGGCGGCAAGGCAGGGUCGCGUGAGGGGCAGAUGCACUUGGCAGAGGAGGAUUACGGAGGGGGUUCCAUGAGGGGCCCACUGGGGGGCCAGCUGGGGGGCGCACCCCUACCCAUGAAGGGGGGGUCCGACUCCCGCGGCGCUAACCCUGACAAGGUGGCUGCCAUGCUGGCGGCGACUAAGGCCGACGCCGCUCGCGCUCGGUCUCAGCGGCUGCCCUCGCUUAAAUUGCCAGAUGUGAAGCCGGGGCAGAAGGACGCGGCGCCGGCGGCGGCCGCCGGAUACACUCCGCCGGCGGUGGUUGGAGGCAAGGCCGAGGACAGCGCGAACGAGCACGACGACAAAUCUGAGGCAUCGGACAAGGCUUUGAGUCGCAGCGAGAGCACAGAGCCGUCGCCGCUUACCCCCUCGCAGGCAAGCGCAAAAGCGCUGGAAAAGGGGAAGGGGAAAAUGGUGCAGGGGCGGCGCACCGACUCGGCCAGCUCCCUCAGGUCUGUCAUUACGGACCCGAGCGGGCAGAUGACGGAGGUUGCGGGGCCGUCUUCCAGCUCGGACGCAUCCGGGUCCACGGCUGGAUCGACUGUGGAGUCCCUGUCUGGCUCUGAGGGCAUGGCCCCUAUCCAGACGAUGAUGCCGACACAGGGGUCGGGUGCGGGAGACAAGUACCUGAAGGAGGCCGUUACGCCGCAGUCGACGCGCAGCAGCCGCGGCGGCUCCGGCGCUCGGCAUGGCGGCUCCCGCGCGCCGCUGUCGCCACACUACGGCGAACCCGGCCGCAGCCGCGAAAUUCAGCGGGGGCGCAGUGGGAACAUUCUGCAGCACCUAGCGGCGGAGCUGCGGCGCGCGGAGGCGUCCGGUAACACGGACCGGCUAGUGAGCUCGGGAGGAGGGAACGUUCCGCGCGGCGCCACGUACCCGGCCCCCGGCCAGGGCGUGCGACGGCGCCAGUCCGACCCGGACUUCCUCGCGCAGAUUGCCGGCGGCCAGCCGCCGCAGUCCAGGCGCGUUCCCUCCCUUGUCCUCUUUCGUGCUUUAUUGCUCGUCUUGGAGCAGACGCUGAGGAUGCUGCGGCUGCUGGAGGAGCGUGAGUAUCAGGCGGCCAACCUGGCGCGUGCGCGCAGCGGAGGCGGCCGCAGCGGCACCUCCCGCCAACUCAUGCGCGACGACCUCGGCAUGCCCAUCCAGGGGAUGCACGAUGCGCGUGGGUUGGAGCACCGGCUGGGAUCGCGCGGAUCGGGCGUCUGCUUCGUGGACAUGCGUCAGCCUCAAGGCGGCGGCGGCCGCAGCCGGUCGUCGGCGCUGGCCGGCAUCGAGCGCCUCAACUCCGGCGGCUCCGAGCAGCGCCUCUACCGCUCCCAACGCUCUGACGGUCUGGAGCGGGCGAACAGCCAGGGAUCGGGCUACGGCAGCCUGGGAGCGCCGAUGGAGCCGGUGGGUGAGCACCGCGAGCUGGGAGGCGGCGGCUGGGGCAGCGCCAUGAAGAUCUUGGGUGAGAUGGAGCGCGAAAUGGCCGACGCCCCCGCCGGCGAUCUCUCCGACCGGAUUGCGAGGAGGUCUCGCAGCAGGGACUUAGACCCGUCAUCAAGCUCUGGAGGCCGCCGCGGAUCCAGGAGGUGA